GCUGGGAUCCCCAGCUGAUGGUUUUAAACGCAAUCUUUCUGCGUUUUCACUUCAGUGGUCACUUUUUCCCCCCCGCAUGUGAGCGUGUCGUGACAACGCGGCGGGACUUGACGUGUCCGCGCCGAGCGGUGACAACUUUGUGGAGCUGCUGGCAUCUGACAGCAGAGGGGAUGUCCUGUCAGCCCAAAUGACUCUUGAUGUUCAUGGCUGCCCUGAAAUCUGAACUCCUUAAUGGACCUCAGGUCCUAAUUUUUAGCAUCGUAGCAUGCGUCCUAAAACUGGAAUGCAACAGCAAAUGUAGUCAAAACCAAACAAGCCUCAUGUUUGAAGCCUUGUGCACUGUUUAGGGUUCAGUAGCGAUUACUAAACAGUUCAUGUAAGCACAUAUGUCCUGAAAAAUCAGUGUUUUCGAUUUUCUAAUCAUCCUACAUGGAUGAUGGAGAAAUUCCAGCCAUAGUGACACAUCCUUGUAGCUGCGAUGGCCACUACUUCCCCUCUAGACAAAGAUCAGCCCCUCCUGCAGCUCCAGGAGGUGGACUCCAGUCGUGUGGUCUGUCCUGUCCUGUCCCCCAUUCUCAGCGCGUCCUCCCCUGGUCUGUCCCUCGAAACCAGCCAGCCCAUCUGUAUCCCCUCCCCUUACACCGACCUCAGCCAUGACUAUACCACCAUCCCUUUCUACAGUCCAACUAUCUUCUACGCCAGACCGGGUCUUUCAGACUGCUCCCCUGUGCACCAGUCUCUAAGGCCCUCCUUAUUCUGGCCGGGCCAUGGCCACGUGGGCCCACCGGGACCGCUGCACCCCUCCCAGGUACGGCCUCAGCACAGCCAGCCAGUGCAGAGUCCAUGGGUGGAGCUGUCCCCUGGGGACAGGGACUUGACUACCAGCAAGAGGAGGAGUUCCCAUGACAGCGAGGAUGUUGUGGGGUCGUCGGGUGGAAAAGCAGACCUUCACUUCUGUGCUGUUUGCCAUGACUAUGCUUCUGGCUACCAUUAUGGCGUGUGGUCCUGUGAAGGGUGUAAGGCCUUCUUCAAAAGGAGCAUACAAGGCCACAAUGACUACAUCUGCCCAGCAACCAAUCAGUGCACCAUAGACAAGAACCGGCGCAAGAGCUGCCAGGCAUGCCGCCUUCGUAAAUGCUAUGAAGCUGGCAUGACCAAAUGUGGCAUGCGUAAGGAGCGUGGGAGCUACAGGAACCAACAGAGGAGGCGAGUGAGCGCUCUUUCGUCACAAAGCAGGACUCACGAAGAAAAGGUGUUGGCUGAACCAGUGGCAGGUGUCAUGAUUGAGCUCCACCCCGCUGCGCUGACCCCAGAGCAGCUCAUAGGACGGAUAAUGGAGGCGGAGCCACCUGAGAUAUACCUGAUGAAGGAUAUGAAGAGGCCGCUGACAGAAGCCAACGUCAUGAUGUCUUUGACCAACCUUGCUGAUAAGGAACUGGUUCAUAUGAUCAGCUGGGCCAAGAAGAUCCCAGGGUUUCUGGAGCUGGGACUGCUAGACCAGGUGCACCUGUUAGAGUGCUGCUGGCUGGAGGUGCUGAUGAUAGGACUGAUGUGGAGGUCCGUCAACCACCCAGGAAAACUUAUCUUUUCACCAGACCUCAGCCUGAGCAGAGAAGAGGGCAGCUGUGUGCAGGGCUUUGCGGAGAUCUUUGACAUGCUCGUCGCCGCCACGUCCAGGGUGAGGGAGCUCAAGCUACAGAGAGAGGAGUACGUCUGCCUCAAGGCCAUGAUCCUCCUUAACUCCAACAUGUGCCUCGCCUCUUCGGAGAACGGCGACGAGCUGCAGAGUCGCUCCAAGCUGCUGCGUCUUCUGGACGCCGUCACGGACGCACUGGUGUGGGCCAUCGCCAAAACCGGCCUCACCUUCCGCCAGCAGUACACCCGCCUGGCGCACCUGCUCAUGCUGCUCUCGCACAUCCGCCACGUCAGCAACAAGGGCAUGGACCAUCUCCACUGCAUGAAGAUGAAGAACAUGGUGCCUUUGUACGACCUGCUGCUGGAGAUGUUGGAUGCUCACAUCAUGCACAGCUCACGACUCCCCAACAGGAGCCAGCAGGAUCAGCACGAGGCCUCGGACCAGAAGGAGGUUCCCGCCAAGCCGCAAGGCUCCUGCAGCGCCUCGUCGAAAGAAGGUGAUCCUCAGUAGCCGGUAGACCACGUCUUUGCUUUAAGCACGUCUUUAAUGGAAACGCUCAAACUAUUCUUUGCACAAAUGAAGGUUUUUCAAUCAUCCAACUAAAUUCAGUCCAUUUCAGAUAAACAAUAUUAGCUUAACUCUUUAGUAGGCCUGAAAUAUUCAUCAAAACAACACAGUAGUCCCUCCUUUAUUGCGUUUAGAAAUCCUAUUUUGUUAUAGUUAAAACAAAAAAAACUGUUUACAACCUUCAAAAUACUCUUGUUAACGUUGUUAAAAUAACACCCAUGUGUGUUAAAAUACUUCAUCACAUCCUGUGUAGGUCCUCGCGUUCGGAAGUUCGAUGUGCGAAAAACGCGAGUUUGUUGUUUUGACCAAAGGUGUCAACUUGAUUGCCGCGGCGAAGUUAGCGCCAUUAGCCGUGUUGUUAGCGUUGAGCGGCGCAAGUCUCGUCCCAUUAUUUCACGCUGCUGCCGUUAUAGUUUUACUUUCCACUCAACAUGACAAACGGGCAUGUAAACGAUGGCAAAAGUCAGCUAACAAUGGAGCUCUAUUCCGCCUAUAAAGUGGUCUAAAAAUGUCCAAAAACCUCCAUUUCCAUUGUAUGUAUGUUGUAAACAGUCCCGAUCACAAAGUACGCCGAAGCUGUUAAUUUAAUUUGGAGCAGGUAAACGUAAGAUGAUCAGUAAUAAAAGGCACGUUGACUAAGACAAUAAACUGACAUGUUAAUCGAAGUCUAAAUACUGUAUUUUUCGGAGUAUAAGUCGCUCCGGAGUAUAAGUCGCACCGGCCGGAAAUGCACAAUAAAGAAGGAAAAAAACAUAUAUAAGUCGCACUGGAGUAUAAGUCGCAUUUUUUGGGGACAUUUAUUUGAUAAAACCCAACACCAAGAAUAGUCAUUUGAAAGGCAAUUUAAAAUAAAGAAUAGUGAACAACAGGCUGAAUAAGUGUACGUUAUAUGAGGCAUAAAUAACCAACUGAGAACGUGCCUGGUAUGUUAACGUAACAUAUUAUGGUAAGAGUCAUUCAAAUAACUAUAACAUAUAGAACAUGCUAUACGUUUACCAAACAAUCUGUCACUCCUAAUCGCUAAAUCCCAUGAAAUCUUAUACGUCUAGUCUCUUACGUGAAUGAGCUAUAUAAUAUUAUUUGAUAUUUUACGGUAAUGUGUUAAUCAUUUCACACAUAAGUCGCAACCCCGGCCAAACUAUGAAAAAAACUGAGAUUUAUAGUCCAAAAAAUACGGUACAAGACUAAAAUGUUGGCAGUAAUUAAUUUAAUGUUGUCUUGUCGAUGGGUGGGUCAAGUUCAGAAUAUAUCCAAUCACAGCUCUUAAAUGGCGUACAUUGAAAGAGGGGUGGGGUUUAGUGGUGAACGGGAGCUAAUCAGAUGCUUUUCCUUGCGCGAUAAGGAAGUCAGCGCCAAAACCAAAAUGUGUUGAUUUAACAUGUUCCACUUGGUAAUAUGUGCACACCUGGGAGAAAGUGGAGAGGACAUAUACAGUGAGGUCCACAAGUAUUUGCACACCCUGCAAUUUUGCAAGUUCUCCCACUUAGAAAUUAGGGAUAGGUCUGAAAUGUUCAUCAUAGAUGUAUUUCCACUGUUAGAGACAUCAUCUAAAAAGAAAAAUCCGGAAAUGACAUGGUAUGAUUUUUUAAUGAUUUAUUUGUACGUUACUGGGGUUCAUAAGUAUUUGCACACAUGAGAAUCAGCAAGAAUUAUGACUCUCAAAGAGCUGUCAGUCUACUUUAAAAAAAAGUCCACCUUUACCCCACAACUAAUCACCCACCCACCACCCCUUUGAAUUCAUUCAAGUCACCUGUGCAGCCCACAGUCAGUCAAGGUCCAAUUGCUACCAUGGGCAAGACCAAAGAGCUGUCAAAAGAGACCAGAGACAAAAUUGUAGAGCGACACAAAGCUGGAAAAGGCUAUGGGACAAUUGGGAAGCAGCUUGGUGAGAAUAGAUCGACUGUUGCAGCAAUUGUUAGAAAAUGGAAGAGGCUAAACAUGACUGCUAAUCUACCUCGGACUGGGGCUCCAUGUAAGAUCUCUCCUCGUGGGGCAUCACUCAUGAUAAGAAGUAAGGAAUCAGCCAAGAACUACACGGUAGGAGCUGGUGAAUGACCUGAAGAGAGCUGGGACCACUGUUUCCAAGGCUACUAUCAGUAGAGCACUACGGCGUAGUGGUUUAAAAUCCUGCAUCGCACGGAAGGUUCAGGCCCGUCUAAAGUUUGCCAUUGGCCAUCUGGAUGAUCCAGAGGAGUCAUGAGAGAUAGGCAUGUGGUCAGAUGAGACCAAAAUAGAACUUAUUGGUAUAAACUCCACUCGUCGGGUUUGGAGGAAAAAGAAGGAUGAGUAUCAUCCCAAGAACACCAUCCCUACAGUGAAGCAUGGGGGUGGAAGCAUCAUGCUUUGGGGGUGCUUCUCAGCAAAGGGGACAGGAGGACUGCAGCCAUGUACUGUGAGAUUUUGGCCAAAAACCUCCUUCCCUCAGUCAGAGCAUUGAAGAUGGGUCAUGGCUGGGUCUUCCAACAUGAAGCACACAGCUAGGAUAACCAAGGAGUGGCUCCAUACAAAGCAUAUCGAGGUUCUGGAGUGGGCUAGCUGUCUCCAGACCUAAAUCCAAUAGAAAAUCCUUGGAGGGAGCUGAAACUUUGUGUUGCUCGGCGACAGAUCCAGAGAGGAUUUGUGUGGAGGAGUGAGCCAAAAUCCCUGUUGCUGUGUGUGCAAACCUGAUGAAGAACUAUAGGAAACCUUUGACCUCUGUAAUUGCAUUCUGCACUAAAUAUUAACACUGAUGUUCUCAUGUGUGCAAAUACUUAUGAACCCCAGUAACAUACAAAUAAAUCAUUAAAAAAUCAUCCAAAGUGAUUUCUGGAUUUUUCUACGAUGAACAUUUCAGACCUUUCCCUAAUUUCUAAGUGGGAGAACUUGCAAAAUUGCAGAGUGUGCAAAUACUUGUGGACCUCACUGUAUCUUUUUUACUGCUAUGAUGCCAUCAGCAUCGACACAACUCUAAGUCAAAUCUAUUAAUUGCUGCUAUCGGUGUUGCGCCAAAAAUGUAUUCCCGCCACUAAUGCGCAUACUGCUUUCAAGCUUCUUCUGUGCACAACUGAUUACUACCUACAUGUAGGACUAACACUUAUAGUUGUGGUUAUCGUAAGGAUAUGUGUUUGAAAUUAUUUAAGCCGUUAUCGUGUCCGAAAAAUGAUAGUUGGCCAUUUCUAUGGUAAUAAUGAGAUUGUAAAGUACUGUUAUUGAUCCGAAGUUGAUGUGCUAAAACCUUUUCUUGUUUAGAAGCUAAAUGCUGUAUUAACUGUUCUGUGUUCAUGCACAUAAUUAAUAGCCUUGGAUGUAUUCAUCCAAGAGAGUUACUACAUAUAUGACAAUGAAGUAAAUAUACUGUACUGUUUACGUGUUGAAGUAACCUUUAAAAAGCUCAAAUCAACCCCAGACGACAUCUUAGUGAUUCAAAAUAAUAAGUUGAUAUUGACACAUGUUGUCUGUACAUCUAAGGGUAUUCUAGUCUAGUAAUGUAUACACAGAUGAGAUGUGUCAAUAUCAAAAUGUUACUUUGCAUCACUUUUUGGCUUUUUAACUUCACAACAACAAACUUACUAUUCAUGGCAGACUUAGUGAGGGGACAACACCCACUACUUUGGGACAAAUGAUGAUCGCAACCUUAUAUUUUUCAGCCUGAAUAUAAAAAGGGUGAGCUACACGUUUUAGAAGCUGAGUGCUAAACAGAUGCAACUUUAGUGAAACACUAAGCACCAUGUAGCAGUGUUGCUAAGUGCUAAACAAGAAACUACCAACAUAAUAAAACAAUCACUUACUGUCACUGGGAUGCCGACUGAUGGGAUGUUUAUAUCUUCCCGUUUAGAUAAAGAAUUACUCAUAAUCCUCACAAAGGAUUUUUAAAAAAAACAGGCCGCAAUUGAGCAUCUUUUCGUUUCUUUCUCUAAAUUGGAUGUCAAAGUUAACCAACUUCUCGGUUUAUGGCCACAACUUUCUACUAUCCAGGCGAGAGGCAUGAUUCAUAAUCUAUAAUUAACUUUCACUAACUCACAGGCGAUGCAGCAGCUCACCGGCUCAAAAUGUCAAUAUAGCAGCACAAGCUGAGAUCACGGCGCCGCUAAAAGUAAUUGGUCUGUGUUAGCGCUUAUAACAACAAUACUGCUAAUAUUCAGGUCAGGAGAUGUCAAUGGAGUGUUAUUGGAUGUUUUUAUGGGCAGAAUAGUGUACUUCAAUCAGCUGCAUUGUUAGCCACCUUGUACUUGCCAUGUUUUACAAAUUACAACGCAUAUAAAACAAGAAAAACAUAUGCAUUUUAGAUAUUGUGAAUAAUAGGCAAAAUUACAAAAAAGGUGCAGUUCCCUUUUAAUUUAAAAAGGUCAUAUUAUGCAAAACUUUCUUUUAUUGCCUGUUGGCACAUGUUUUUGUAUAUUUGGGUUCGCCAUAAGCUCCUUAAACGUGAAUCAAACCUUGAAAUAUUCAGUCUAAAACAGGGGUGGGCAAACCUUUUGGCUCAGGGGCCACAUUGGCUUUUGAAAUGUGACAGAUGAUGCAUUUCAUCUCUGUUGGAACUAAGAUUAGACUUCUCAAACAUGAGCUCUUUUAAUCGUAAUGUUUUCAACAAUAUACCAUCAAAGAAACAUACAAAUUAACACUUACAUUCUCUUGUAGUGAUCAUCCUUUUUUGUCAUUGCGUGGAAGUCUAGUAUCAGUUUAGUUGUGGAAAUUCUCAAAACCGAUCUUUGCUCAAUUCUGUUUUAAUAUUUGUCGGGCCGUAGUAAAGGGACCAAGGGGCCGGAUGUAGUUUGUCCACCCCUGGUCUGAAACAAUUGUCUUGUUAUUUUUGCCCCGUCUUAAGACCACGUCUGCGGACAUUUCUAUACGUGGUGAAUGUUACAACGUGUGGAGGAAGUAUUUGUUUAUCAGCUCACUUUAAAGACCAACCACCGACAAAAUACAAACAACUUCAGAUGGCGCAGAGUCCUUGUCUACGAUUUCUAGUAAGAGUGUCAUGACAGUUUGUAUUGAUACAUUAGCAACGUACCGUAUUUUUCGGAGUAUAAGUCGCUCCGGAGUAUAAGUCGCGCCGGCCGAAAAUGCAUAAUAAAGAAGGAAAAAAACAUAUAUAAGUCGCAUUUUUUGGGGAAAUGUAUUUGAUAAAACCCAACACCAAGAAUAGACAUUUGAAAGGCAAUUUAAAAUAAAUAAAGAAUAGUGAACAACAGGCUGAAUAAGUGUACGUUAUAUGAGGCAUAAAUAACCAACUGAGAACGUGCCUGGUAUGUUAACGUAACAUAUUAUGGUAAGAGUCAUUCAAAUAACUAUAACAUAUAGAACAUGCUAUACGUUUACCAAACAAUCUGUCACUCCUAAUCGCUAAAUCCCAUGAAAUCUUAUACGUCUAGUCUCUUACGUGAAUGAGCUAAAUAAUAUUAUUUGAUAUUUUACGCUAAUGUGUUAAUUUCACACAUAAGUCGCACCCCCGGCCAAACUAUGAAAAAAAACUGCGACUUAUAGUCCGAAAAAUACGGUAGCUUAACUAGCUAGUGUUUGUUUACAGAGAUAAACAACAUUCUGGCAGGAAUGCCAUUUUACGUAGGGAGACAUUAUUAGUACUAGUAGUAGUAUGGCUCUGGGUCAGAGCCAAUAAAUGCUGUGCUUUUGCCAUUUGUCAUAAAAAGCGGAAUAAAAUGUAAAUGUAUGUUUGUUCUUAACGAAAAGUGUACCUCAAAAACUAGUCUUAGUAACUUGUAUGUAAAAAAAAAAAAAAAGACCUCCCACUAAACCGCUCGUUUUCUAGAAACAGCCAGAAAGCAGCUUGAAAAUGGUCUGUACAAUUUUUAAUGAUUUUUAAAUCAAGUCAAAUCCAUUUAAAUAAAAUAAAAAAUUGCCCAAUCCCAAGUAGACCACAAGGAAAUGUUUUACAUGUAGAUUGAAAUCAUGAUAUGACCGCUGUAAGACUUAACAACACAAAUAUGUGAAAGUGCUUUGACAGAGUGAAGCACGACGGACGACUAAUCGUUUUUAAAACUUCACCUGGGCUUUAUAAUGACUUUUAAUAUAUUUACUUAUAUAAUACUUAGAUCACAUUUUUAGUUCUAAAACAAACAAGUGCAAUCAGGACUCCCCAAUACUAUUCUGCUUAGGACCCCAAUUUGUCCAACUGCGCUCGUUACGUUGCAGGUUCGCUCCCCGCCUCUUACCAUCCAAAAAUCGCUGCCGUUGUGUCCUUGGGCGGGACACUUCACCCUUUGCCCCCGGUGCCACUCACACCGGUGAAUUGAAUGAUGAAUGAUAGGUGGUGGUCGGAGGGGCCGUUGGCGCAAAUUGCAGCCACGCUUCCGUCAGUCUACCCCAGGGCAACUGUGGCUAUGAAAGUAGCUUACCACCACCAGGUGUGAAUGAUUGAUGGGUUCUACAUGUAAAGCGACUUUGGGUACUUAGAAAAGCGCUAUAUAAAUCCCAGUUAUUAUUAUUAUUAUUAUUAUUAUUAUUAUUAUUACUUACCUCAAUUCUCAAAUGAUAGCCGUAGUUGCAAAUGUGGUGAUCAGUAAUGAAGAAGUAUCAGCUGCACAACUAAUCAGUCGGCAUUAAAGCCACUGCUGGCUUCAUUGCACACAACAGAGUGGCAACGUUUUAUAGCGCAUGCAGAGCUAGAUGAAGCCACUAGAGCAGUGCUUCUCAAAGGUAUUCAUUAAAAACAAAGCAGAGGUUUUACUCAAGUUUUUUUAAAUAUUUUUGGCCACUGAAACGGUACACAACGUUGGAACAGUAACACUGUGUUUGAAUUGAUUUUUUUGGCGUAGCACAGUUAGAGAAUCACUGCACUCGAUGCUGACAGUUUGAUACUCAAAAGCAGCUACUGUCAUCCUAGUGCUAGUGAAGUUCAUAGCUACACCCGGAGGGUUUCCUACAGCCACAGCUGUUAAAUACCCAUGUCUUUCAACACCUCAGUGGUUGUUUUGUAGACCACACGACCCGUGACUAAUUGAAUUGAUUAAUUGUACUUAACUAUGUGUGCCUUCCUUCAUCCAUAGACCAAAUCAAAAUGAAGAUUUGAUCAUUAUUAGCCACUAAAAACGGUGCCUUAAACCUGCAUUUGUACCCUAACGGCCAGCAGAGGGCGACAUCUUUGGCCGCACUUUGUAGAUACUAAUUAACCCCUAGAUAAAACUUGCGCCACACCUGACUUUAAUGAUGGGCAUGAUCUUCAAAUUAGCAUCAUUAGCUUGCUCACAACCUUUGCCACACUUUAUACUGCACGUGUCCAGGUCACUGGUGUGUGCGUGAGUGACAGGAAGAAGAGCGGCUUCCUAGUGGCCUUUUUCUAGCACCACCUGUUGCUUUGCAUAAAUUAUCUGCAUCCUCGAUAUAAAAUCUUAUAUGCGGUUCAAUACGACUUCUGCUAGCACGCGCUUUCUUCUCAGACCGAUAUUAUAAUUAGCAGGAAUGUGAAUCUCACAAAAUCGCACGAUUAGAUUCGAUCGAAACCGAUUUUUGUAAUAUAGUUAGUGUAAAUAAAAAUAAUAAACCUUUUCCAAACAGCUUGUAUACGUAAGUAAGCGAAGCAAUUACAUAAAAACGUAAUUUAAAAAAAAAUCGAUUUAAAAAUAUUAAGAAUCCAUUUAAAAUCUAAAUAAAUAAAAAUCACGAUUCGGAUGUGAAUCGAUUUUUUCCGAGCACCGCUAAUAAUGGUAAUAACUUGAUAGUACACCUUUUGUCACAUUUCCUACUGGGUUGUUUUUGGAGGAGUCCACUAUAAAAAAGUCACAUUCAAAGUCCGUAAUAAAUGACCAACACUAGGAAGUAGUUUUUAUCAAACGUGCUUUGUUCUCCCCUGCGCUGAAUUUAAAGCAGCAUUACUUCAGUGACACCACUAGAGGGCAUAUUUCAUAACCCAUACUUUUGCUUUCGCUGUACAAUUUUAUCUGAUUGUGGCUUUUUCUGUGUCGAGUUUGUAACCACUACUGCGCUUUACGACAAAGUUGCACUCAAAGAAAAAAAAAUAUUUUUGUAUUUUCUUGCAGCUUUUGUGCGUGUUGUUAAAAUGUAAUUUUUCACUGAAUGUUUUGUGGGGAAAAGGGGGGUAGGGGUGGGGGGGAAAUGAAGAUUGAACAUUUGUACCAGCUGUGUGCUAUUCUAACGUGAGCGCUUAUGUGGUGUUCACUUACAUCGUGUUUUUUAAAUGAGUAACAUGUGAGGACUGGUAAUCAAUCACCUGGCAAAAAAUAGUCUUCAGAAGUGCUAAUAAUACAUUUCUCUUCACUGUGAUUUGCUUAUUUGACGUCAAAUAAGCAGAAAUGUUACAUAGACACUAGUGAUGCUUGUCCAUGUUUCUUGUCAGUGUUUUUAAAUGCACACGGUUCACAAAUAAAUACAUGAUUGUGGUAUUGGAACUAAACAAAAAUGUGCGUAUUGACAUGUUUUCAUGCCAUUAUAUCA